AUAAUAUAUAAAGAUGAAACGACAAACUAUUCAGCAACACAACUUUCAACAGCAACAGGACAUCAGAUAUUGGAUAUUACUUUUACAAGACAACAAUGGGCAGCAGACAUGAUGAACUGCGGAUUGUGCUCGUUGGAAAGACUGGAGGUGGGAAGACUUUCAUCAGAAACAAACUCCUGGAUAAACCAACAGACCGUGACAUAAGGAGAGGAGAGUGUGAUGGACAGAAGCUGGCUUUGAUUAAUACUCCAGGUGUGUAUAGCAGGAAGAUGACAGAACACAAGGUGCAGCAAGCAAUAGCAAAAUGCAUGAUACAUGCUCAACCUGGUCCUCAUGUGUUCCUGUAUGUGGCGGGCCCCAUGCCUUUUACACAAGAAGAUUAUGAUGCAAUGAAGAUCAUUCAGAAUAUCUUUGGUCCAAAGUCCAAAGAUCACACUCUGGUCGUGUUCUGUGCUAAAAACAAACCUAGGGAUGUCCCGGAUAUUGAGUCAGAAUUCAGAGGAGGAUACUAUUUGUUUGACGGCAACGAUGAGUCCUCCAAGCCACGGUCUGAGCUCCUGGAGAAGAUCAUGGAGUUGGUUCAAAAAAACGAAGGAAAGCAUUACACCAACGAAGCAUUUAAAGAGGCGCAGAAAGUCAUAGAGAAAGAAAGGGAGAAAAGGAAACCCGACACUGGGUCAGAUGAUAUGAUGUGUGAAUUGAUUGAAGCACUGUUAAAAGCUUUCAUGGGUGACACAUAUGCAGGUUUAAUAAAUGCUCUAACUGAUUUUUUGGUCCCGGGAAAAAAAUAAUCCACCAAAGUCUGGACUGUAUUUUUCAGCAUUGUUUCCGAACACUGUGCAUCGUUUGUGGACAGUUAAUCCAUGGAGCUUUUCAUUUAGCAGCUCUCGUCACCCCACGCUCUUUCUUUGUCUAUCUACUGUGUGCGAUGCUGUAAAUGAAUGAAUUCAAUUACGGGGCAUUAAUAAAAUAUUUAAAUCAGAUUAUCAUCAUCAUUGGUAUCAAUAUUAAAUUUCUCAUCAGAUAAAACUGUGUAUAUGUCAAAAUCACAUCAACAAAUAAAAGGUGGUG